AUGGAUGUGGACAGAAAAUUUGAAUACGAUGGAAGAACCUAUCAAAAUGGAGAUGUGAUGCAUUUAACGAUGCACCGAUUUAGAACAUUCCAAUUUGUCCACAAGGCGAUUUUUACGGGAACAACUAUUAACGCGUCAUAUCCGGUGGCUGUAUUUUCGGGAAAUAAGUGCAACCGACUGGGAUACCUAGGAACAUGUAGUAAACUUAUCGAGCAGAUUCCUCCUAUAAACAGACUUGACAAUUCCUUCAUUGUACCUCCAACUGUCGGAAGGCAAACCUGUCUGGUCCUGGAAACCAAUGUAGUAUAUCAAAUAAUAGACAAACAAAAGCUGAAUGGGGGGGUAAAUCUGGAUAAUAUACUCAGCAUUCGAUCUGUAGUGAUAUACUAUAGAACAGAAAAUAGCAUUUGGGACUCCAGCAACCAAUACCCCAGUAGAUUUUUGGGAUUCUCCCUCUACAUUUCCAAUUCCACCCAACGGAAUAAGGGCCAUUUGUGUUUUCAUGACACAAACUACACAGUAAAUACAAUUCCAUCUGUUGUGACCAUAAGCUGUCCUGUACAUGGACAAUACGUUAUAUAUUACAAUGAAAGACUAGACGGAACAUCGUACCCUGCUGGCUAUUCAGAAUAUGCUUUCAAUGAAUUAUGUGAAGUCGAAGUUUACGGCUGUCCAUUGCCAGGCUUCUAUGGAAAAAGUUGUGACCAACCCUGCCCUAGCAACUGUCGAUUUUGUCACAUAGACACAGGCAUAUGUCAGUCAUGUAAACCAGGAUUUCAGGGAUAUCAAUGUGGAGUUCCGUGUGGUGUCCGAAACUAUGGUGCAUUCUGUUCAAAGCAUUGUGGGAACUGUACUUACGGAGAAAGGUGUCAUCCAGUGACUGGAAUCUGUACAAACGGAUGUGACGUAGGAGUUUAUGGAAGCAAAUGCAAAACAGCCUGUCCCGACGGAUAUCAUGGAAGGAAUUGUACUGAGGUAUGUGGUCACUGCGAUUUAUGUGACAGAUUUACUGGAAAAUGCACUACUCAUUGUUAUGCUGGUUGGAAAGGAGUCACCUGUAAUGAAGAAUGUGACAGAUUCAUGUAUGGAUUGGAAUGCAAAGAAACCUGUGGAGAAUGCCGAAACUCAAAGCAAUGUCAUCAUGUGGAUGGAAAAUGUUCAGAGGGGUGUGCACCGGGCUUUGCUGGUUCUCUGUGUAAAACAGAAUGUGACAACGGCCAUUAUGAUAAAGAUUGUGGGGAGAAAUGUAAAAAUUGCAGAAAUGAAACACAGUGCAAUCAUAUGAAUGGAUCCUGCUUAUAUGGCUGUAAACCUGGUUACAUGGGAGACAAUUGUUUACAAGUUCAGGCUGUUUCGGAUUAUCAAUCCAGUUUUCAUGGCGUUUUGGCUGCACUUUGUGUAUGCGUACUGGUUAAUAUAGUUUUAGGAAGUAUUCUUAUUUUAUACUGCAAGAAAAUAAAAAGAGUACAAAUACAGAAGACUUAUGAGGAAAAUGGCGAUUCUAGCAAAACCAAUGAUAUACAUGUAUAUGAAAGCACCGGGAACGGUACCAAUAAUCGAUAUGAAGAUGUUGAAGAUCUGAGUCAACCAUCUAACUAUGAGGACAUGUUAAGUCCUUUGUAAAAUAAAACAAAGAAUAGUUAACUUAUGAAUGAAUAAAAUUAUGCAUUUGGUAUCGUAGAUAAUUAAUACUUCAAUGCAUUUUGUUUUCGGGGGUUUCAAUGCAAAUAAAAAGAAAAACAUUGCAAAUUUUGUACAAAUAUGUAUAACAGAAGAACAAACACCUUUUUUCAAGUAUUU